ACACACAAAGUGAGCAUAGCAUUGUAGGUCAAUUUCCUGUCACAUGCAUGCUGCUCAGGUCGCCAUCAACAGCAGCAGCAGGAUGUUACAAACCAUCAGCAGACAGAAACAUGAUUCGGAGGGUUUGGGUCAGUUUGGCUCUGGUGAACCUGCUGUGGAUCCUCUUCUUUUCAACACCAGAUUCUUUUUUGGUGUUUGUCCAGAAAAGAAGCAGCAGCUCUGAGAAGGAGGAGUUUUGUAUUAAACCUCAAUUCGAUUGUAACUGGACAACAACAGAAAGGGAAGUCAUCACCACCAGCACGAUUCUGCAAGCAGGUGGGAAGAGUGAAGAAUUUAACUCCAUGGACAAGUAUCUCACAAGUGCUGCACCUCAAAUGAAAACCAACAUCAACCCAGAAGUAAAACCAAAGGUCAUCAUCAACCCACCUGAGCAGCGGGAUGUGAACCUGAACCGAAGACGUUUUAACAGUCCAAAUGUUGCUCUUCACUGCUGCUUUAUGUUUUCUACAAGAAUGGUGGCUAAAGAACAGAUUCGUUCAUACCACAUCACCGGUCCUCACUGCUCAAAGUCUGCAGUCUUGUUUGUCAUGAUGUCAGGGAGUUACAUCUGUGUGAAUCCAAAGCUCUUGUGGGUCCAGAAGAUCAUGAAGGGUCUAGACAAAAAACGAUUUUAAAGGCACCAAGAGCCCAAUUUUGCUUUUUUUUUGUUUUGGUUUUUUGUUUGUUUGUUUUUUGCUUAUUAGUGGACAUGAUGAUUAUUUGAUUCUCUGAGGAUUUUGUCUGUGCAUGAUGUCAACAAACAACUGAUAGCCUCUAACGUUUAUAGUGGUUUCUCUUUUUGGAAAGAGACAAAAUAUCAACACAAAAUCAAAAACAGAAAAAGAAGAUAAAACAGAUUACAUCAAAAUUACAGAUCAUCUUGCAUGGUAUUGAGAAUGUUAUUUGCUUAACCCUAAAGAAAAACAUGAGUUGUAACUUGGUCAAUGUAUACUGCUCAAAAAAAUAAAGGGAACAUUUCACUUUAAUUUUGUGUGUUACUCCAAAUCCAG